CAAGCAGCCAACUGCAGAAGCAUCAGGCCGUUGUGGUUUUUCGCAGCAGUGUCAUGGCGGCGGUGCGAGGCUUAGGGGUAUUGGUGAAAUCGGACAGCGGCUCCGACCGCUCCGACUCCUCUGACUCCGAGUCCGACAGAGGUGCCCGCGAGGCCGAACCCAUGGAGGUGGAGGAAGGGGAGCUGGAGGCGGAAGACAUCUCCGUCAACCGGUCCUUGAAGGAGCUGCUGACGGAUACCAGCAGGCGCUAUGAGAACAAAGCUGGAGCCUUCAUCACCGGGAUUGAUGUCAAUUCAAAGGAGGCCAUCGAGAGGAAAGAGAAGCGAGCGAGGCGUUUCCACUUCCACGGGGAGGUGAACGCCACUCAGCGCAACAUUUUCCUGGAUAAAGAUGCUGUAAAGAAAGCCAUCCCCAAAAUUCGCAUGGAGGCCGUCCACGUCACGGGCGUCGAUGACAUGAGCACCCAGGACGUCUUUGGGUACUUUAAGGAAUAUCCCCCCGCGCACAUUGAGUGGAUCGACGACACUUCCUGCAAUGUGGUUUGGCUGGAUGACAACACGGCCAUCAGAGCAUUCAUCAACACCAGCCACAUGCCUGAGCCUCACGCUGUCGAUACGGGAAGUGUCCACCAGACGGGCAAGCCCAGCAAAAUUUGUCGGAGUCGAGGGUCGGACGAUGAUGUUGACGAUGACGACGAAGAGGGUGAGGUGGAUGAGGAGGUGAAGAAGAGCAGUGAGGAAAGCGCGAAAGACAGCGAUGGGGAAGCGGAGCACACGGCGAAGGUGCAAGCUGCUCAGGGGGAUGACCUGUCGCAGGCCGAGACACAAUCUCUGCUGAGGAACGACCUGCGUCCUGCCAUCAAACCCUUCAAAGGAAACCAGAUCCUUCUGCGCUUUGCCACUGAAGAUGACAAAAAGGAGCUGGGUGCUUCCCGCCGCAGUCGUUACUACAUGAAGUAUGGAAACCCGAAUUAUGGCGGCAUGAAGGGAAUCCUCAGCAACUCCUGGAAGAGGAGGUUCCACAACCGACGGAUCCAGCGAGACGUCAUCAAGAGCAAGAAGCCUCUCAUUGGCGACAGCAUGGGACACACUCCACCGUACACACAUCGACACUCUGCCGACCUGGUCAACCUGCCUGAGGAGCCCAUCAAGGAGGAGGAAGAGGAGGAGGAAGACUACGCCGAUGAGGACAUGGACUCAGACGACCGGGUGGUAGAGUUCAAAGACAAAGGAGACAAAGGUGCCCUGUCCUCUCGACCCCUGCCGGUGGGGCCCCGUAGCAGCCUGGAGCGGUCGCCGCCCCCCUGGUCCGAGUCAGAUGAGAUGGACUACGACCUGGAGCUGAAGAUGAUCUCCACGCCGUCCCCGAAGAAGAGCAAGAAGAUGACGAUGUACGCUGAUGAGCUGGAGGGCCAGCUGAAGAGCAUUAGAAACAGGGUGGGAGAGUCCGCAUCACAAAGCAGGGCAAAGUCCCCGUCACCCAGCAAGGUGACCGACGUGCGGCAGCUGCUCGAGGAGAAGCGACAGGGGCUGUCCCAGCAACGACAGGAGCUGUCUCAGCACAGACAACAGCCCCCGGCGGUGAACAGCGGGAAGACAGAUGUCCGACAGCGACUUGGGAAGAGGCGCUACUCCCCUGAAAGAAGGCACUCUCCCUCCCCCAUCUCCCCGAGAGACUCGCCUCACCCCACCAGAGAGCCAAUCAGUGAUGUGCACCGCCGACUGGGUGUUGUCAGCCGGGACAGAGGCGGCUCAUCCAAGUCAUCCAAAGACAGAAAGACGAGCAGCCUAUGGAGCCGACUGGGUGACAAAGAGGAAAAGACGGGAGAGCGCGAACCGAGCAGCGGGUCGUCGGGACUGUUCUCGUCGUCACGGCGCAGCAGGAGACGCAGAGGGAAGAGAGAAGAGGAGGGCAGGGAGGAGGAAGGCGAGGAAGAGGACGACUCAACGCUGCAGAAGGUGUGGGGCGCCAUGAUCAAGAAGAAGCAAGAGCGCCUCAGCCACAAGUUGAAGAAGAGCCGGCUGGACAACCUGCCGUCACUGCAGAUUGAGAUCAGUCGAGAUAGCAGCGAGGACUCUGAUGCUUGAGACUAAAACAAUUCAAUAUCGUCUGGAUUUCAUUGUGGCGCAUAGUCAAUCCUGUACAUGGAUGGAUCACUGAGAGAAUCUGCUUGGCACAUUCUCUGGACCCUCCAACUGGUCCCGCUGGCCCUCCUGUGUCACAUUGUUUAUUUUAAUACAGAACAUCCAAUAUUU